UUUCAUCGAGCUUUCACAAGCCGAGCCUAGCUAGACUCGUUUCCAGCCGUGUGGGUUAGUUCACAGGUGGCUCGAGCCAUUGGAGAGAGAGUACAGAGAAGAAAGAGGAGGCAAGAAAGCAGGAGGAAAGCAGAAGAGGCUGGAACGGGUAAGCUAACCCAAGGCUAGCUCUUGCACUCGUACGGACACCCGUGAGCUAGAAUCGGGUACACUUGGACAGGACAAUAACCAGCAAAUGGUGCGUCUCUCCGUUGGCGGCGAAGAGAAGCUACCAAAGAAAGGAAGGCGAGCAGAAGAGGGAGCAACGGAUUAGGAGAAGAGAAAGGGAAGGAAUUUAGAGAUAGAGAGAGAGAGAGGGGCAAAAUCAGAGAGAUUUUCUUCUGAAAUUUUGCGUGUUUGAGGCACAAGAAGCAACCAGGAGAGCAAGUUGAGAUGUUGGUGCAGAAGCAGAGGAGGCGAGGAGAGGUGUUCUGGCCGAAGGUCGUGCUGAAGAAAUGGCUCAACCUCAGGAGCAAGGACUCGGAGUUCGCCGCAGACGAGGACGACGACGGCAGCGACAUUGACGACCAAGAGAACUGCGGCUGUAACGACGGCGACGCUCGCCGGCCGGUUGACGACGGCGCUCAGAUCACCGAUGAGAGCCUAGAGAGCGCGCCGUACAAGCUGCGGAGGCGGAACUCGGAGACGCUGCGCGCGCAGUACAUCAACACCAAAGAACUGAGGAUCUGCGCCGGCACCUGGAACGCCGGCGGCAAGGCCCCGCCGGACGACCUCGACAUCGCCGAGUGGCUUGGCACCCGCGGAGAGGGUGAGCCCGCCGACAUCUACGUGCUCGGGUUCCAAGAAGUGGUGCCGCUGAACGCUGGCAACGUGUUCGGCGCGGAGGACGGCCGGCCGGCGCUGGCGUGGGAGUCCCUGAUCCGCGGCGCGCUGAGGCGGACCCAACCGUCGAAGCCCAAGUACAAAUGCUACAGCCACCCGCCCUCGCCGUCGCGGUUCGACCCUUCAGGCGACGCCGCGGACGCCGCAGACGAGCUCCUUCCCGGCACAGACACGGAGACUGACACCGACGACGACGCGCCCUUCCCGGUGCGGCCCGAGCAUUACGUCGCCGCCACCCCGAGGAAGCUGAGCAGACUCAAUCAUUUCAGCGUCAUGGACGGUUCAGAACACGAUCACGACGAGCUCGAUCAGCAGCAGCAAUGGGGUGCUCAGCAACGGACGCUUCUGAGGACGCUGAGCAGGGCGGACAGGGUCGGGCUGGUCUGGCCGGAGCAGCCGCUGGACUUGCUGGCCACGCGCACCCUGAACACCGCAUCGUCGCUGUCGUCGGCGUCGUUCAAGGCGUCGAGGUCGUUCAGCGCCUACAAGUCGUUCAGGGGGUUGUCUACGUCUAGGAUCGCCGACGUGCCGAUGGACGACCUGGCCAUGAUCCCCGACCUCGAUCUCGACCUCGACGGCGCGUUGCGCAAGAAGAGCCGGUCUCCAUUGGUGAGGAUCGCGAGCAAGCAGAUGGUGGGCAUCUUCCUGACGAUCUGGGUGAGGAGGGGCCUCAGGAAGUGCGUCCAGAAUCUCAAGGUCUCCACCGUCGGCGUCGGCGCCAUGGGCUACAUCGGCAACAAGGGAGCAGUGUCAGUGAGCAUGUCGAUCUAUCAGACGAUGUUCUGCUUCGUGUGUACCCACCUCGCCGCCGGCGAGAAGCCCGGCGACGUCCAAAAACGGAACGCCGACGUGCAGGAGAUCCACCGGCGGACGCGUUUCGCCGCCCCUGGUGACCUGCAGCUUCCCAGAGACAUCUAUGACCAUGAGAGAAUUUUCUGGCUCGGUGAUCUGAAUUACCGUCUCGACGUGUCGUACGAGAAAGCACAUGAGCUCAUCUCAGCAAUGGAUUGGUCUCAGCUAGCUGAGAAGGAUCAGCUGAAGCGCGAGCUGAAAAAGGGCCGGGCGUUCGACGGGUGGACCGAAGGCAUCAUCGAGUUCGCCCCUACCUACAAGUACGAGCUCAACUCUGGGAAGUACAUCGGCGAUGACCAGAAAGGCGGCCGAAGAACUCCGGCGUGGUGCGACAGGAUCCUGUCGUUCGGGAAAGGCGUGAGGCUGCUGAGCUACCGGAGGUCGGAGCUGACGCUGUCGGACCACCGGCCGGUGAUGGCCACCUACGCGGCGGAGGUGGAGGUGUUCAUCAGCCGGAAGCUGCAGAGGGCGCUGACGCUGACGGACGCCGAGGUGGAGGGCGGCCAGGUCGUGCCGGACCUCGAUUUUUGAGGGGUUCGAUCGGCAUUGGCCUUACCAUGGCAAGUGACCAUGCCGCCGUCGGUUUGUGGCAGAACGAUGAGAGUUGAAGGCUGGCUGAUACACGGUGCCCCGUGAUGCUAACCUGGAUAGCUUGCGAUCACCUACCUGUAUUUUUUUUUUGCUUUGUUUCUCUAGCGAAAUGGUUUUCUGUAAAUAUGGAUAAGGAGAAGUUAAAUACAAACAAAGAUGCAUAAUGGAAACGUGGGCCUGUGAGUUUUCUCUCAGAUAAUCAUGUACAUGCAUAAGCGCGCUAUCUCAGGCUCUGAUGUCUUAACCCUCAGAUAAUCAUGU